GUCCACCCACUACACCCACACACCAACCCCAUCUCUCUCUCUUGUUUUUUUUUUUUCUUUUUUUUUGGGUUUAAAAAUAUUUUUUUUAUUUUUUUUAUGCCCACAAUUACAAUAAAUAUUCGGAUACAUUAUCUCUCUCUUCUCUCUGCCUUUGCAAACAUAGAAAUUUGUAAAUUGCAAUGCAACAACAGUCACACACAUAUAAAAGGCCAAUCUCUUUUUUAAUCUUUGUCUGCUGCGAGAGAUGCUCAUUUGGGCUCUCAGAUUUCCCUUCUUCUGAAUAACGCAACCCAUUGAGCUCGGUAUUUUCUGCCCAGAAAAUGAGGGGGAGUUUAUGGCAACUCGGGCAAUCAAUCACGCGCCGUCUUGCGCAGGCUGACAAGAAGGCUGUUGCUCGUAGAUAUAUUGCAUCUGAAGCUGAGCUGAAAAAGACAGUUCUUUAUGACUUCCAUGUCGCGAAUGGCGGGAAGAUGGUGCCGUUUGCUGGGUGGAGCAUGCCUAUUCAGUACAAGGAUUCAAUCAUGGACUCCACCGUUAACUGUAGAGAGAAUGGUAGUCUGUUUGAUGUGUCCCACAUGUGUGGACUGAGCCUCAAGGGAAAAGACAGUGUUCCUUUCCUUGAAAAGCUUGUUAUUGCUGAUGUCGCUGGGCUUGCCAAUGGAACCGGGACCCUAACUGUUUUCACAAAUGAGAAGGGUGGGGCAAUUGAUGACUCGGUCAUCACCAAGGUUAAGGAUGACCAUAUAUACCUGGUGGUGAAUGCUGGAUGUAGGGAUAAGGAUUUGGCUCACAUUGAGGAGCACAUGAAGGCAUUCAAAGCUAAAGGUGGGGAUGUCUCAUGGCACAUCCAUGAUGAGAGAUCUCUUCUAGCUCUUCAGGGUCCUCUUGCUGCCCCAACUCUUCAACAUUUGACAAAAGAAGAUCUGGGAAAAAUAUAUUUUGGAGAUUUUCGAGUGUUGGAUAUCAAUGGGGCAACCUGCUUUCUCACAAGAACCGGGUACACUGGUGAAGAUGGAUUUGAAAUUUCUGUUCCUUCUGAGAAUGCAGUGGAUCUUGCCAAAGCAAUCUUGGAAAAAUCUGAGGGAAAGGUGAGACUGACUGGAUUGGGUGCUCGAGACAGUCUGCGACUUGAAGCUGGAUUGUGCUUAUAUGGCAAUGACAUGGAGCAACACACAACACCAGUGGAGGCUGGGCUUACAUGGGCUAUAGGGAAGAGAAGAAGGGCAGAAGGCGGCUUCCUAGGUGCUGAUGUGAUUCUCAAACAACUUGCAGAUGGUCCAUCAAUCAGGCGUGCCGGGUUCAUUUCUUCAGGCCCACCUGCAAGAAGCCACAGUGAGAUUCAGGAUGAGAAAGGUCAAAACCUUGGAGAAAUCACCAGUGGAGGAUUUAGCCCCUGCCUUAAGAAGAACAUAGCAAUGGGGUAUGUGAAAUCCGGGUCGCACAAAGCAGGGACCAAAGUCAAGAUUGUGGUCCGAGGAAAGGCCUAUGAUGGGGUUGUCACAAAAAUGCCAUUUGUACCUGCAAAAUACUACAAGCCAUCCUAGUUUAAGAUUGGAAUGAAAUAUGUUUCUUUUCUGGACUUUUCCUUGUUUAUGUUUCAUCAGUACCAAAAGUGAAUACUUAGAUCAUAUGGGAAUUAGAUCUUAAUAUGUGGAAGGAAAGAGAGAUGCGGUUUUGUCUUCUUUCAUUCUUAUUGUUGGUGAUAAAAUCCUGCCUAUUGGGGGGAAAAAAAUCAUAUGUAUUCCUUUAGAAAAUGAAUGGCGUAUUUACAUAGUAGAACCAAGUUA